GGUGUAGUAAUUCACGUUAUUAUAUGUCUGCAUAUUCAACCUAAAAAAUUUGCUCAUAAUUUUUUUUUUGAUAUUCAUUCUUGAGAGAUUGUAAUUUCUUGAAUUGAGCUAAGGCCUAAGAAACCAUAGGCGAAGGAGGAAGAUGACGAUCACCGCCGCGCCAAUCGUCAGAGAUGGCUGUCUCAUGGUGAGGGGGAAGGUUGUUCUCACCGGUGUUCCGACCAACGUUGUUGUUUCUCCGGCAACCAGUGGAUCGGCCGCAUUCCUCGGAGCAACUUCAACUAGUCUCAGUUCUCGCCAUGUUUUCAAUCUUGGAGUUCUUGACCAGGACUACAAAUUCUUAUGUCUCUUCAUAGUCAAAAUAUGGUGGAUGAUACCGCGAGUUGGAAGAUCAGCCAGCGAAAUCCCAAUGGAAACUCAAAUGCUUCUCUUGGAAAUAAGAGAAGAGUCUAUUCCCGGCGAUGAGACUAGUGGAAACACAUUUUACAUUCUGCUAUUGCCUACCUUGGAUGGACCAUUUAGAACAAGUCUUCAAGGGACUUCCUCCAAUGAGCUCCAAUUCUGCAUUGAAAGUGGCGAUCCUAGCGUUCAAACUUCCCAAUCAUAUGAAGCCGUGUUUAUGAAUUCAGGGGACAACCCAUUUAAGCUCAUCAAGGACUCUGUAAAAAUACUGGAGAAACACAAGGGCACUUUUAGUCACAUUGAGAGCAAGAAGAUACCUGCACAUUUAGAUUGGUUUGGAUGGUGCACUUGGGAUGCUUUCUACUCUGAAGUCGAUCCUAAAGGAAUCAAAGAGGGUCUUGAUAGUUUUUUGGAAGGCGGAUGUACGCCAAAAGUUUUGAUCAUCGAUGAUGGAUGGCAAGACACAGUCAAUGAAUUCCGUAAGGAAGGCGAACCACUUAUUGAAGGAACACAGUUUGCAACUAGAUUAGUAGACAUCAAAGAAAACAAGAAGUUUAAGGCCUCAGGCUCGGAUAGUUCAUGCGUUGAUCUCAAAGAGUUUGUUGAAGUCAUUAAAGAAAAAUAUGGGUUAAAAUAUGUUUACAUGUGGCAUGCUUUAGCUGGUUAUUGGGGAGGGCUCCUUCCUUCAUCUGAACCAUUGCAAAAGUACAAUCCAAAGAUUGCAUAUCCAGUUCAAUCACCCGGUAACAUAGGGAAUAUAAGAGACGUAGUCGUGGACAGUUUGGAGAAAUAUGGAGUCGGGAUUAUUGACCCUGAAAAGGUUUAUGACUUCUACAAUGAUCUCCAUAGCUAUCUUGCAAGUAGUGGUGUGGAUGGUGUCAAAGUCGAUGUCCAAAACUUGUUGGAGACUUUAGGUUCAGGGCUUGGCGGGCGAGUCACAAUUGCCAGAAAGUAUCAACAGGCACUCGAUGAAUCCAUUGCGAGAAACUUCAAAGACAAUAACUUGAUUGCUAGCAUGUGUCAUAACUCGGACUCCAUUUACAGUUCAAUGAAGAGCGCGACUGCAAGAGCAUCAGAGGAUUUCAUGCCAAAUGAACCGACAUUUCAGACCCUACAUAUCGCCUCUGUGGCUUUUAAUGGUCUUCUUCUAGGGGAGAUUGUUGUGCCUGAUUGGGACAUGUUUCAUAGCAACCAUAGCACUGCUGACUUCCAUGGUGCAGCAAGAGCAAUAGGUGGAUGUGCCGUAUAUGUAAGUGACAAGCCGGGCAAACAUGAUUUUAAAAUCUUGCAAAAACUUGUAUUGCCUGAUGGAUCUGUACUAAGAGCUAGAUAUGCCGGCAGACCAACAAGAGAUUGUUUAUUUCAGGACCCUGUCAUGGACAGAAAAAGUUUGUUGAAGAUAUGGAAUAUGAACAAGUUGUCGGGAGUGGUAGGUGUUUUCAAUUGCCAAGGAGUGGGAAGUUGGCCAUUGAAAGAGGUUGCACAAGAUGUGACAAUCUUAACAUCCACAUCCACAUCCACAUCCACAUCCACAACCAAACCUCUUUCAGGCCGAGUUAGUCCCCAAGAUGUUGAAUUUCUUGAAGAGGUUAUAGAUGAAGAUUGGACCGGGGAUUGUGCAGUUUAUGCAUUCAAUUCGGGAUCAAUUUCUAGGGUUUCAAAGAAAGAAAGCCUUGAAGUGUCAUUGGAGGUCCUAAAAUGUGAAAUAUUUGCCAUCUCCCCAAUUAAGGUUUUCAAUCAAAACCUUCAUUUCGCACCAAUCGGUUUACUUGACAUGUACAACUCAGGAGGGGCCUUGGAGGCUCUGAACUGCACAGUGAAUCUUCCUACAGGGUUCUCAAUAAAGAUCAAAGGGAGAGGAUGUGGCCGUUUUGGAGCCUAUUCAAGCACAAAACCAAGAUGUUGUAAGGUGGACAUGAAGGAGGAGGAGUUCAUCUAUAAUGCUGAGGACGGUUUGUUGACAAUAAAACUUCAAGGAGAAUGCAAUUUGAAAGAGAUAGAAGUUGUCUACUAAGGUCAUAUAAGCUACAUUAAGAAAAAUGUAGAACCUAAAAAAGUUAACAGCUUAGUUUCAAUGUGUAAGCUAUCUUACAUAUGUUGUUUAUAGCUAAAUAUGUAAGUGUAUAGAAAUAUAUUAGUGGAUUAAAAUAUGUGAAAUGUGUAUAAGAAUUUUAAUUUUGUUUGGCAUUA